CCACCAAAGUUCUUGGCACAGUCAAGUGGUUCAAUGUCAGAAAUGGAUAUGGCUUUAUCAACAGAAAUGAUACCAAAGAAGAUGUGUUUGUUCAUCAGACGGCAAUAAAGAAAAACAACCCACGGAAAUAUCUGCGCAGUGUUGGUGAUGGAGAGACUGUAGAAUUUGAUGUGGUCGAGGGAGAGAAGGGUGCAGAAGCAGCUAAUGUCACUGGUCCAGAUGGAGUCCCUGUAGAAGGCAGCCGCUACGCUGCAGACCGGCGCCGCUAUCGACGUGGCUAUUUUGGCCGACGCCGUGGACCACCUCGAAGUGGUGGUGAGGGAGAAAUCAAGGAUGGGGUCACAGAAGGAGGACAACUUCAACAAGUUCACAGGAAUCCUACCUAUCGUCCCCGCUAUCGCAGAGGGCCCCCGCGUCCACGCCCUGCCCCAGUGGCUGGAGAGGCUGAAAACAAAGAGAACCAUCAUGAGGCCAAUGCUAUGAGUCAGCAGCCACUUCGCCGUGGGUAUAGGCGCCCAUACAACUACCGGCGUCGACCUCGUCCACCCAAUGCUCCAGCUCAGGAUGGAAAAGAGACAAAGGUGACUGAAACACCUGCUGAAAAUCCUGCUCCAGUGACUGAGCAGAGUGGUGCUGAGUAAUGUCCGGCUCCCCAGGCACCUUUACCAUCCCUCAGGUGUCCUGAAAUACAACUCAAGAAUAACACCAAAGAAACACUCAAGCAAUAAAUUGUCAACAGCGAUGAUGAAAGCAAAGAUUUGAAACAUGGGAACUUAAAAGAAAAAAAA